AUGCUAGUAGCGGACGAAGAGUCAUCCAGCUCGACAAGUGGAGUACCUCAGGGACUUCGCGGCUUUCGUGGUCCGGGAACGUUCGAUCCUUCGAAGGAAGAAUGGAACAUGUUUCAAGUGAGGUUCCUCGCUGCUAUUCGGGUAGGGAGAGUUACCGACGACGCCGACAAAAGAGAUCUCCUCAUUUCUUCGUUGAGCCCGGAAGUUUUCAAGCGCCUGUACAAUCUACUGCAACCCAAGGACGUUAUGGAAGUUUCUUCCAGUGACAUCAUGGCAAAGCUGUCGGAACAUUACACACCGAAGCGGUUCAAAGAAUUUGAGCGUUUCAAGCUUUUCUCGUCUCGACAGGAGGAAAACGAGUCGGUAAAGGACUUUGUGGAGAGACUCUCAGCCAUUGUUGGCCGCUGCGAAUAUGAAGGCGAGGGGGACACCCGGGCUUGCUCGUUGUUGACAGCCUUCAUCGUUGGCUUACGGGAUCCGAGGGUGCGAGCAAGACUUGUCCUGGAAAAAGAGUUGACGUUGGAGUCAGCCAUUCGUUUGGCGGAGAGUUCGUUGGCGGCAGAAGCAGAGUCACGCCAGCUUCAUUCCGAAGUUCCUGUCCACAAGAUUGCGGGACCAGAGACCGUCCGUCGCAGGUGUUUCCGCUGUGGGAAUACCAACCACGGACCCGAUGCAUGUAGAUUCAAGAAAGAAGAAUGCCACUCUUGCGGGAAGGCUGGUCAUAUAGCUAAGAUGUGUCAGAAUGGACGUGCAUCGAUGUCCACCGGGAGACACAAGCCCAAGCACUCGAGCAGAGUCAAGCUAGUUACGGACGUGUUGCUGGCAGAUGAACAGGACGGACGAUAUCUGACUUGUAACCUUUUGGGGAAGGAUAUCACACUGCAAGUGGAUACUGGGUCACGGGCCACGUUGCUGGAUGACCGCACGUUUAUAAAGCUUGGGAAGCCGAAGCUAGAGUCUUCGCCGUAUCGACUACGCGGUUUGAAUAAGGGCGAAAUUCCACUUCGUGGACAAACGGAAUUGGAUGUUUCGUUCGGAAACCGAACGCAAAGGUUGCAGGUGUUGUUCACACGAAUGGAACACACGAAUUUACUUGGAAGAGAGUGGAUUAGGCGACUGGAUAUCGACCUCAACAGGCUGUUUGUGGGGAGCGUCGGUAUUGCCAAGGAGUCACUAAACGAAAUUUUGGGAAAAUUUUCAGCGCUCUUCCGCCCUGGCCUCGGAAGGUGCACCAAGUUGCUGGUCCAUCUUCAUGUACGUGAGGGGGCACAACCGAAGUUCUUCAAACCACGCCCUAUACCUUUUGCCACAAGACAGGCAGUAGAGACCGAUUUACAACGUCAGGUGAAGAAUGGAGUGUUGCAACCGGUGGAGGUAUCAGAUUGGGCGACACCAAUCGUGGUUGUGCCCAAACCAAACGGGGCCGUCCGUGUCUGCGGAGACUUUAGUGUCACGGUUAACCCGCAGCUGGCCAUUGCACAAUAUCCCAUUCCAAGGCCGGAAGAGCUCCUGGCGGUUCUCAACGGCGGUGAGAAAUUCACGAAGCUCGAUCUCUCAGAGGCAUACCUUCAAAUGGAACUCGACGAAGAAGCAAAAAAAAUGCUGGUUAUAAAUACACACAAGGGUCUCUUCCAAUUCAAUCGUAUGCCUUUCGGGAUAGCCUCGGCACCUGCUGUUUUCCAGCGCACGAUGGAGCAAGUUAUCUCAGGACUACCGUCUGUGGCUUGCUAUCUCGACGACAUUAUUGUCACGGGCCGUAACGACGAAGAACAUCUCAGCAAUCUGUCUAAGGUCCUAGCAAGACUGCAAGAAUUCGGAUUCACUCUGAAGCGGGAGAAAUGUACUUUCCUGCAAACCCAAGUGGAGUAUCUCGGUCACAUCGUGGAUGCCGACGGAUUUCGGCCCUCUCCGAAGAAGGUGUCAGCGAUCCUUAACAUGCCACCGCCCAAUCAAGUAUCAGAACUACGUUCCUUCUUAGGCAUGGUUCAGCACUAUGGCAAAUACUUGGAGGGCCUGGCGGAUGUGUGUUCACCUUUAAAUGAUUUACUCAAGAAGGGAGCGUCGUGGUGUUGGACUUCUGCGUGCGUCGAAGCCUUUGAGAGCAUCAAGAGCAUGCUAGCUUCAGCGAAGGUGUUAACACACUACGAUCCCACUAAGGAAAUUUUCUUGGCAGUCGACGCCUCUUCAAAAGGUCUCGGAGCAGUUAUCUACCACCGGCUCCACGGGGUAGAUAGACCAAUCGCGCAUGCGUCAAAGACACUCACAGUUGCAGAGACAAAGUAUGCCCAAAUUGAACGAGAGGCCUUGGCCAUCAUUUUCGGCGUUAAGAAAUUCCACCAGUACCUGUGGGGCCGGAAAUUCGUAUUGUACACCGACCACAAGCCCCUUACGGUAAUUUUUGGGCCAUCAAGAGGUAUCCCUGUAACGACAGCAAGCCGGUUACAGCGUUGGGCACUCAUCCUAAUGUCCUACAGUUUCGACAUCCAGUUCAAGGGAUCGUCGAAAAUUGCGAACGCAGACGGUCUCUCCCGGCUUCCAGAAGGACCGGACCAUGAAUUUGACAAGGCCGCAGAAGAGGGUGUUUUCAGCGUUGGAACGGACGAAAUUUUUGCGGUCCAAGAUUACCACAUGUCAACCCUUCCAGUGACGGCUAAGGACAUUGCCGAUGCCACACUUGAGGAGCCCAUGCUAACAAAGGUAGCGAAAUAUGUUUCACGUGGAUGGCCAGGUCAUGUUGCACCGGAUCUAUCCCCGUUUUACCAGCGGCAGACGGAGCUAACGAUGCACAAGGGCUGCAUACUUUGGGGAAUGCGCACAGUUGUGCCAACCAAGUUGAGGCACAAACUUCUGGAUAUUCUGCAUGACUGCCAUAUCGGCCAAUCGAAAAUGAAGAUGCUUGCUCGUUCGUAUAUUUGGUGGCCUGGUCUAGAUAAGGACAUUGAAUCGAGGGUCAGGAACUGCGAGCAGUGCUCGGCAGUGGCUGCGCAGGAGAUCCCUGUUCCCUUACAUCAGUGGGAGCAACCUGACAAGGCGUGGCAUCGUCUUCACGCGGAUUUCGCAGAGCUUCAUGGGAAGCACUAUUUGAUUGUUAUUGAUGCCUUCAGCAAAUGGCCCGACAUCAUCCAGAUGACUGGUACCAAUGCUCUGAAAACGAUCAGUGCUUUUCAAGAUAUUUUUGUCCAAAACGGUCUACCGGAAGUUCUCGUCACAGACAAUGGACCGCCAUUCACAAGUCAGGUCUUCGAGGAUUUCUUGAAACAACGAGGAAUACACCACGUCCUCACUCCGCCAUACCAUCCGCAGUCAAAUGGUCUGGCGGAGAAUUUUGUGAGAACUUUCAAGACUGCUCUACGUCGGUUCGAAGAGGGAGGUGACAAGGACAAACUUCGUGACUUUCUUUUUAAAUACCGAGUGACCCCGCAUGUCACCACAGGCCGCCCUCCUUGUGAGCUGUUGAAUAACAGACACUAUCGUUCUCUACUUGAUCUCGUCCGUCCAUCUGUGGUGACGUGUUCUGGAAGAGAUAGUCUGGCACGGGAGCGUCAAAAGCGAAAUUAUGACAGACGAACUCAGGACAGACAGUUCUCUGUCGACCAAGGAGUCUGGAUGUUGGACAACUCCAAGAAGGGACACUGGAAGACAGGGACGAUUGUGAGCAAGCAGGGCUCCGUCAUCUUUACGGUGAGAGAUGCCUCUGGGAAAGUUCACAGAGUCCAUAAAGAUCAUCUGAAACGGAGAGAAACUGUGGAGUCCUGGAGAGGUUCGAAGAACAUUCCCGCUUCCGAUGUACGAUGUCGCCCUGCAGCGAUUGACGACCCUAAUGAAGAGUUUCCCUUGCCGUUUCCGGAAGUGGAAGGGACGUCAAGCGGGACCUUCUCGCAGUUUUCUCAUUCCGACCGCCCUCAUAUCUUAUCGACAGAAGCAGAUCACAACGUCAGUCGCGCUUCGACGGAGCGUCCGAGCGCCGUCACGGGCAGUCGUCGCUACCCGUUACGUAGUCGUCGUGAACCAGACAGAUACGGUGUUGCUUAA